CUACAACAUAAACUCAACUUGCCUUUGUUAUGAGAAGAAUUAUGAGUCUCACACUAACUACUGGUUGUAGGGCAACCAGACUAUUUUUCCCAGGCGCAAGGAGAUUGUUGUCAUUCUUCACUCUAUGUAAUUUUUUAUCCCUCCAUUAGUGCCAGAUGUUUAAUGUGUACGCAUUAUUUCUACCUCUGGCUGUUCAUAAUGUUGUCGCUUUUGUUCGACCCAAUCAACUUGAUGGAUUUCAGUGCAGCGAAGGAUCUUUUGUUCCGCUGGAUAAUCGAUGCGACUUCGAUGAUCAAUGCGGGGACAAUAGCGAUGAAAGGCUGUGCUCCUCCUUUGAACGAUGUGAUUUUGAGAGGGAUUUGUGUGGUAUGACAUCCGAUGGCUGGCGUAGAACCGAUGCUCUGGAAAACAUAGAUCCGUCAUAUGACCACAGAGCCAAUCAAACUGCUCAGUUUUUGGCAUUUUCAUCUUACAAAGACCCCGGUGAUCAUGCAAUUCUGAGAAGCAAGGAAUUCCUUCCAACACAGGAAAGUGCGCCUUGUCAGAUGCGGUUUUACUAUUUCUUCUCUGAUCUGAAUGGUACAUUGUCUGUGGGACUAGAAAGGAAAUCUCAAGGUUCCAUGCCUGACAUCUGGAUACAGGAAUCCAACGGGGAGAAUAUAUGGAAAAGAGUAGUCAUUACUAUCAGCAGCUCGGAGAAGUUCAAGGUUAUCAUCCGUGGUGCAUUUUGGAAAGAAAUACCCUCUGGAACCAUUGCCAUUGAUGAUAUUUCAUUCAGUGAAGGAUGUUCCAGUGUUGAUGCCUUUCCUUCCUGUGACUUUGAUGAGAGCAUGUGUGGGUGGAUUACAAGAGCAUCACCUGAGCAUAUUCCUUGGACUCUGAGAAGAGGAGGAACCCGUAUGUCACAAGAUUCAGGGCAUUUUAUAUUUGUUGAAGGAAGUAACAAUACUCUCAAUAGAAGUGCAUUUCUCGAGAGCUCCGUGCUCCAGAUCAGUGUCAGGGUCUGCCAGUUCCAGUUCAGUUACAUGACAGAGGAAGACAAUGGCUUUAGACUUCUGCUGUACAAUGAAGGGAAUAAAACAAUACUGUUUGAAACCUGGGCAUCAACAGAAGGCAUCUGGGUUGAACAUAAAGUUUCUCUACCAGGAAACAUAAAGGAACUACAGCUUGCUUUUGAAGGUAUCAUACAAAGCAACCAUGGAUUUAUUGCCCUGGAUGAUGUCAGACUUAUUAGCUGCUCUGAUUUGCCCUUGAUUGGAAGCAGCUCCCCAGAAGUACCCAGCUCUGCUGAAACUCUCUGUACCGAUGCAGAACCAACCGGUCAACUGGAAUGUGAUUGUGAUGGAAGUGUUGAGGAUUCUGCAUAUUGCAGAAGUUUUAGCAAAUGCGACUUUGAGUCAGGCUUCUGCAACUGGAAACCACUAUCAACAGAUGGCUUGCCUUGGAGUAUUACCAUGGGAAGAAGCACAAAGGAUGAAACAUUGCCCAAUAAAGACCACACAACUAAAAGUGAGGAAGGACAUUUCCUGUAUUUGAGUGCACCUUCAAAGCCAGAAAACAAGUCUUCAUCACAGCUGGAAAGUUCUUUUUUUGUGAAACCUUUAAGCAUGGCAGCUGCCUGCAAGAUACAGUUCUGGUACCAGUUACAUCAUACAUCCAAACUUUCCAUAUUCAAGAGACCUUUAGGCCAUGCAGCGUUGCAGCCAGUAGGGGAACUUACAGGCCCAUCCACUAACAACUGGACAAAGGCUAUAAUAUAUGUGAGCAAUUGUUCACAGUACUCAAUGGAUCCAGCCCAGAUUAUACUGAAAGCCUCACUUUUAUCUCCAAAUGCCACUGUCGCUAUCGAUGACAUCUGUUUAUCUCCAGAAUGUGUCACAGCAAGUAACUUUCUUCCAGCUGCCAAAUGUGACUUUGAAACUGAUAACUGUGGCUGGUACGAGAAGCAAAAUAGCGAUUCCUUUGACUGGAUGCGACAAUCAAGAAGCAACGUUCCACCUCAGUAUGAGCAGCAAGCCCCACCUCGGGACCAUACUACUAAUAAAUCUGAAGGUCACUUUAUGUUUAUUUUAAAAAAGAAAAGCAAAUUUACACAGAUUGCAGAGUUAAGAAGCCCAGUAUUUAACCAGGCAGGAUCAGGAUGCACAAUGACCUUCUGGUAUUAUAACUACGGCUUGUCAGUUGGGGCAGCGGAGAUGCUUUUGUUACCAAGCAGUGAGAAAAAGCCUACAGUACUUUGGAGAAUAUAUUAUGACCAAGGGGAUCAAUGGUUAAAAGGUUUCAUUCAACUUGAUCGCCUGUCGGAACCUUUCCAGUUAUCAUUUAAUAAAAUCAGCUUUGGAUUUUACGAUGGAGUAUCGGCAAUCGAUGACAUAAUGUUCGAGGAUUGCUCCCUUCCUCCAGCUGUGGGGAUGUGCUUUGGACCAGAACGUUUCUGGUGUAAAGUAACCAAGGCUUGCAUCAGUAGUUUAUUAGUGUGUGAUCUUACUGAUGACUGUGGAGAUGGAUCUGAUGAAGAAAACUGUAAUUCUGAAUUACAAUGUAGCUUUGAAACAGACCUGUGCAACUGGUCGCAAGAUUCUGAUGAUGAUUUUGACUGGACAAGAAAUCAAGGCCCAACUCCCACACUUGAUACUGGACCAAUGAAAGAUCAAACCUUUGGAACCGCAAAGGGACAUUACCUCUACAUUGAAACCUCAGAACCUCAAGUCUAUCAGAAUCAAGCUGCUUUGCUGAGCCCAGAAAUAGAUGCCACUGUUACUAAUGGAAACAAAACCUGUAUUUUCCGCAUCCAUUACCACAUGUUUGGAAAGCAGAUUUAUUCCCUGGCAGUUUACAAGAGAAUAAGGAAAAAUACUAAGGGAAUACUAUUGUGGCAAGCGUUUGGGAAUAAGGGGAACCGAUGGCUGAAAAAGACUCUCUACAUUGACAGUAACCAACCGUUUCAGUUAAUGCUUGUCGGUACUGUUGGUGAUGGAUUUACUGGUGACAUUGGGAUUGACGACCUUUCAUUUUUAGGAUGCACUCUAUACAGAGGUACUUUGCCCACAUGGUCUCCUGCUCCAGUAGAAACUUCAACUGUGGCAACACUUCCUAGCCAUAAUUGUACUGCAAACGAAUAUGUUUGUAGGUCAACAGGACAAUGUAUCCCGAUAAUAAAGAUAUGCGAUUUUAAGGCAGACUGUUCAGAUAAUUCAGAUGAAGCUAAAUGUGCUUCAGAAUAUUGCAAUUUUGAAAAUGGAAGCACAUGCCAGUGGUAUCAGCCAAAUUCAUCUUUGCGCAGAGAGACUAUAUUUCAAUGGGAAAUCAGCAAAGGAAGCACCAUCCAUCCUGGAGAAGAGAAUCACAGGCCUCUAAAUGACCAUACCUUGUCUACAGAAGAAGGAUCGUAUUUGUAUGCAGAUAGUUCCAAUGGUGAGUUUGGACACAUGGCCUACAUCAUGACACCUCUGAUUUCCCUCACUGGACCCAAAUGUAAACUUGCAUUUUGGACUUAUAUGAAUGGAGCCACAAUUGGAUCUUUGCAGGUUCUUAUCAAAUUUGGUAAUGUAACAUAUGAAGUUUGGUCUCAGAGUGGUAAACAAGGCCCACAAUGGAAUCGAGCAGAAGUAUUUUUAGGAACAUUGUCUUAUUUCCAGAUUGUCCUUCGAGCAAAACGUGGUGUCAGUUAUAUUGGAGAUGUGACCGUGGAUGAUAUUUCAUUUGAAGAUUGUGCACCAAUGCCUACUCCUAGUAAGGCUUGUUCAGCAGACGAAUUUAAGUGUUCCAACAAAUACUGUAUUCCAAAGGACAGCCUGUGUGAUUAUGUUAAUGACUGUGCCGACAAUUCGGAUGAAUACCCUUUCCUCUGCAAUGCCUUUAUUGGUCGCUGUGACUUUGAAUUUGAUUUCUGCAACUGGAGACAAAACCAAAACGACGACUUUGACUGGAAUCUUAGAGCCGGAAGCACGCCAACAGUUGCCACUGGACCAGUUACUGACCAUACCUUAAAAAAUCCAUCUGGAUAUUAUAUCUUUAUAGAGAGCUCAUUCCCACACCUACCAGCACAAGGAGCAAAGAUUUCUGGCCCGAUGAUAAGCAGAUGGAGCAAAAACUGCAAGCUCGUGUUCUACUUUCACAUGUUUGGAAGUGGCAUUGGAACACUUUCUGUUUAUCAAAUGACUGUAUCCAACAAGGAAAUAUUGCUGCUGAACCUUACAGGAGACCAGGGCAACUUCUGGCAGAAAAGAGAACUUACACUUCACAGCAUAGAAGAAGACUACUAUAUUGAAUUUCAUGGAAAAAUUGGAAUAAAUCAAAGAGGAGAUAUUGCUCUGGAUGAUAUAUUGUUCACCAAUGAGUGUUUUAAACCAUCUGCUCUAGUUGCAAAAUCACACAGCAAUAUGCCUCGAACAGAAUUGUGCCCACCAAGUUUUUCAAGUUGUAACAAUGGAAAGUGUUUCAGGCCAGAACAAAGCUGCAACUUUAUUGAUGACUGUGGUGAUAAUACAGAUGAAAAGGACUGCGGUACCUCCUGUACAUUUGAAGAAGGCAUUUGUGGCUGGAAAAAUUCAGUAGCUGACAGCUAUGACUGGGCUUUAGGGAAACAUUCUAUUCAGGCAUUAAGACCCCCCAGGGACCAUACAAUUGGAAAUGAGGAUGGUCACUUCUUGUUCCUUGAAGCAUCCCCGGUCGGUUUACGAGGGGAAAAGGCCCAUCUGAAAAGUUCAAAAUGGAGAGAGUCUGGUGCUGAUUGCACACUGGUAUUUUGGUAUUUCAUGUCACCCAAAGCAACAGGAGUAAUACAAGUUCUUAUCAAAACUGAAAAUGGACUUUCAAAACUAUGGAGUGAGUCUGAAAAGCAAGAUGUGAAAUGGAAUAAAGUUGAGUUAUACCUUGGGAAGUUGAGGAACUUUGAGGUGAUCUUUGAAGGCAUUCGCACAAGAGACUUUGGAGGUGGAGCAGCAAUUGAUGACAUUGAAUUUAGAAAUUGUUCCAUUCUUGGAGAAGUGCCGGGAAAAUGCCUCACGGAUACAGAUUUUAUAUGCAGAAACAAGAAGUGCAUCGAAUCCCACCUUGUCUGUGACUACAAACCGGACUGUGAAGACCUCUCGGAUGAGAUGAGUUGUAGUGUAUACACCAGCGUGCCCGGAAGCUGCAAUUUUGAAUACACCGAAGACAGCCGUCCUUUGGAAUGCGAUCUUAUACAAGAUCAAGAUGAUCAUUUCGAUUGGAGUGUGGGUGACAGGGGCAUGAUUGAACUAAAUACAGAUCACACACCAGGCAGUGGGAAACAUUUCCUCUUUAUCAACUCAUCUCUGCAGCAAGAAGGAGACAUUGCCAGAAUAUUGACGAGUAACGAUUUUCCAGUCACAAACGGGACCUGUAGGAUACGCUUUUGGUACUACAUCCAGGGGCCACCUCAUUCAUGCACACUCAAGUUGUAUAUAGUCACCAACCAUGGGCUGGAGUUUCUGUACUGGUCAGCAGCGGAAAACACCGACAUGAGAUGGAUUUAUGCCAAUGUCGUUCUAUCCAGUAACAGUCCAUACAGGGUGGCCUUCGAAGCGCAAGUAGGAGGGGAGCAGCUUUUUGACGUUGCUCUGGAUGAUAUCUCCUUUACCCUGGACUGUAAUAUGGGAGGACCCGUAAUACCACAACCUGCAUGUCCCAAUGACUGGUUUACUUGUGCGUAUGUAAAGGGAUGUGUACCUCUGGAUGCAAGGUGCAAUGGAAUGGAAGACUGCAUAGAUGGAUCUGAUGAAAUCAAUUGUCCUACUGUCAUUCCUAGUACAGCGACUCCGAUGCCGUGCAAAGACACAGAAAUGCACUGUGCUGAUACAAUAUGCAUAGCAGCCAUGAUGUGGUGCGAUGGUGUACCUGACUGCCCAAUGGGGGAAGAUGAACGCAACUGCACCUAUCAAGUUUGCCUCAGCGGCUCUCUCCUGUGCAUUCCCACUAACACCUGUAUACCUGCAAUCCAGCGUUGUGAUGGAAAGCCUGACUGCCCUUACUUCAACUCUGAUGAGUCCAGUUGCAAAGUUUGCCCAGAUGAGUAUUGCAAGAAUGAAGGGGAAUGUAUCCUGAAAAAAGAUGUUCCAUUGUGCAGCUGUCCUAAAAACUGGAAAGGAAACCGUUGCCACCUCAGUGCUAUGACGUUGCCUUCUAGAACAACAGAGGACAACGACAGUGGUGUAUGGAUUGGUAUGGGCAUUGGUGUAACCUGUUUAAUCGCUGAGUUACUUAUAGCUUUGCUGUGUUUCUUUUGUAAGAGAAAACAAAAAGAAAAUAUUGUCAGUGGCUUCGCCAACCCAGUUUAUGGAGGAAACAGCAUCGCAUCGCAGAAAGAGAUAAAUGAUUUUGUAUGCUCAAAAGUCCAAGUCAGUGUCUAUCCAUGGAGAACAUCCCAGGAGGAGUCAGACAUCUGCUCAUUCGACAACCCUCUCUAUGGCAAGAAAGAAGACGGCAUGUAAUUUAGAUGUCAGGAUAAUUUCACAGACUUCCCUGUGUAAAACUUUCAGGAGACAAAUUCUAAUAUCAUUUACAAUUAAUGUAAAUACCACCUGCUACCAGUCACUCAAAGCAGGUACUGCACUGCCUGUAAUUAUAUGGAAAGUGCUUCCAGCUCACGUGCUGCAAAACCUGUACGAUUCUGCCCCCCUCGAGUACACCACAAAUAGUGUGUUUAUAUUUUUUUAGGUCCCUAGAUAUAUUACCAGCCUCCACCACUGCACUGGCUGAUAGGCCUUCUUUCAAUAACAAUAAAUACAACAAAGGAAAUUCAUAACUGAUGCUGCUUUAUACUAUAU